CAGCUCUCGCGAGACCUUGCCUUCCCGGAAGGGCUGGCUGGAGGACGGUCCCUGUGGACGGCGUCGCGAUGUGUGGGGACUGUGUGGAGAAGGAGUAUCCCAAUCGGGGUAACGUUUGUCUGGAGAAUGGAUCUUUCUUGCUGAACUUCACAGGGUGCGCAGUGUGCGGCAAGCGGGAUUUUAUGCUGAUCACAAACAGAUCCUUGAAAGAAGAAGAUGGAGAAGAAAUAGUUACCUAUGAUCAUCUGUGUAAGAAUUGUCAUCAUGUAAUAGCCAGGCAUGAGUAUACCUUCAGUAUCAUGGAUGAAUUUCAGGAGUACACCAUGCUGUGUAUGCUGUGUGGCAAAGCCGAAGACACCAUCAGCAUUCUCCCUGACGACCCCCGCCAGAUGACCUUGCUGUUCUGAGGCUCUUGUGGUUCUGUCGCUGCUGCGGGAGGCUGGCUACCAGUACUGCAAACGUCCUGGCUUGUCCCACCUCGCUGACAAUGAAAAUCCUCUGCAUGGCUUUUUUCUCUGCUUAGACUUACCUUUGUUUUUUAGUUUGUUUGUUGUUUGUUUGCAGGGUAGCUGUGCUGCAGAGCGGGGCUCCUCCCUGUGGCUGCAGCCAGAGGGAGACUUCUUGGUCAGCAGGUGGGCAGCCAGGAUGUACCUAGAACAGGAGUACCCUCAGGGCCUCCAUCGUAGUUUCUCAGAAAAACAAAUGGGGCUCCUUGGAAUGAUGCCUCAUUCUAGGACUCAAACAGUAACUACCCCCAAGAUGUGCCAGGAGCGUUGUGUG